CAACUGAAGUUGUUGUCCGGGGAGCGCUGUGACUGUGCGGUUGCCGAGCGUUCUGGAGACGUGGAGAGGUGCAUUUAGGGGUUCGAUGAUUGCAUCUGGAGGAGUGCGUUAAGACUUUUUGGCCGAAGAAAGCUAUUAAGCUUCUUAUGUGGGUGAUUUUUUUUUAAAAAAAAUAGCAUUUCGGUUUACCUGCUUGACUCCGUCUCCUCAACAGAUCUUAACUCCGCCUCUCCAUCUGUUUGGUUUUUCACGGCCAGCUCUCGGGUUGGGGAGUGCUCUGUAUUAUUAUGAUUGUUAUUGCUCUUGCGGCCAUUCUCUUGUCAUCCUCGAUUUGAUUCGUUGGCAUGGUGCUUUAAUAGAUUGAGUGGGAUUAAUGGGUAAACACGAUGUUCUAGUCUCUAAUCCUGGAGUAAAUACCUUAUGGCAAUUUCUAGCUUUCUGGUUAGUCUAUUUAGACGUUAUUUUAUUUAAAAGUUGACUGCAUGUUUCAAAAUCACUCGAAAUUCACGUUUUCUUUAUUCAUACUCCUCCCUCUCUUCUCGUCCUCCCACCUUAAGUCCUCAAAGCAGUGAAACUUUUGUUCUGAAAUUUUAUGGACCUAGAAGAAAGUUCUAUUCAGAACUGUGGGACUAGUUUUGUUACCAAUAAUAUGAAAGCCUCCGAGUUUAGCCCGGAAAAGAAAAGAAAGGUUAAAGUACCAGCCAGGAGACUUCGUGAGGUGAUUUCUCCAAAUCAGGGAGGUACUUUGUCUUUGCUGAAAGAUGAGCUGUCCUGUGUUCCUCCAGCGUUGUCUGCAAAUAAACGUCUUCAGGCUACAACGGGGACUAGCCUGAAUGGAACGUUACGUGGUUCAUCAGACUUAUCCUCUGGUAGAAAUUAUCAGCAGCCUCCAUUAGAAAAUCCCACUGUGUCAGAAAGUGAGUUUUCUAAAGAGGUUGCAGUGCAAGGGUUGCCUUUGGAUAAAGCGGAAGAGAGCAACAGACAAAAAGCAAAUGACAUCUUUAUUUCUCAGUUCACUGUGGGACAGAAAGAUGCUCUAAGAGCAGUUUUAAAGCAAAAAGCUCAAAGCAUGCCUGUUUUUAAGGAAGUAAAGGUACAGCUUUUAGAAGAUGCAGGCACAGAAAAGGACGCUGUUUCUCAGGAGAAUAGAACUUCGCCCAGUGGAAUUGACUCAGCUGCCACUGUCGCUGCAGCCACUGCUGCCGCCAUUGCAACAGCAGCUCCACUGAUAAAAGUGCAGAGUGAUUUGGAAGCAAAAGUCAAUUCUGUUACAGAGUUACUCAAUAAGUUACAGGAGACUGAUAAACAGUUACAGCGUGUUACAGAGCAGCGAACAAGCAUUCAGAAUAAACAUGAGAAACUACAUUGUCAUGAUCAUGAAAAGCAAAUGAAUGCAUUUAUGGAACAGCACAUUAAGCAUCUUGAAAAGUUACAACAGCAGCAACUAGAUAUGCAGACUCAUUUCAUUAGUGCUGCGUUCAAGACUGGUUGUUUUCAGCCUGUUGCUAUGCCUGCUCCUAGAGCAGUGGAAAAAUAUUCUGUAAAACCAGAACAUUUAAACCUUGCUAGCAGUAAUCUAUCUUCAUAUAACACGUUUGCUUCCAAACAAGCACCUUCGAGAGACAUUGAUGAUAAGAUUUUUGAUAAACAGAAAUCUCCUUUGGAGACACCAGCACCUCGCAGGUUUGCUCCUAUACCCGUUUCGAAGGAUGAUAAAAUAGCAAAGAGUGAAAAUCCUAUGGAAGAAAAAGAAAAUAUGGAGAUGUCAGGUCAUACAGGAAAUGUAAGACUAUUGGAGGAAAUUUUGAAUAAUCAUGAUUCUUUGACAAGAAAAAGUGAAUCUUUGGGCAAAACCUCACCAACUAGGUCAAAAAUACGAUGGAAUCCUGAGAGGAGAGACAGCACUGACACUCUGUCCUCUCAAAGAUUUCCUUCCUAUGAAGAACUAGGAGCAGCUAAAGUGACUGUGCAGAAGUCUGAUGAUGUUCUUUAUGAUCUUGGCCAAAAGAGGAAAGAAACAAAUGGCAUACUCCAGCCGAAAGAAUCUCUGAUUAUGUCGAGGCUUGCUGAUCUUCCACAGAAUUCCAUUAAGCUUCAAAAAACCAGUACAAGAUCUGUAUUGAAAGAUGCUGAGAAGAUUUUGAGAGGAGUCCAGAACAAUAAAAAAGUACUUGAAGAAAACCUGGAAGCCAUUAUUCGUGCAAAGGAUGGAGCUGCCGUGUAUUCAUUUAUCAAUGCUCUAUAUACCAACGGAGAGCUGUCAGAGAAGAUUCGGAUCAGAAAGACAGUGGAUGAGUGGAUUAAAACUAUUUCUGCAGAAAUUCAGGAUGAACUGGCAAGAAAAGACUAUGAACAAAAGAGGUUUGAUCAGAAGAAUCAGAGGACCAGGAAAGCUCAGAAUAUGAGUAAAGAUAUUAAAACCAACACGCAAGACAAAACAGUAAACAAUUCUGUAAUUCCAAGAAAACAUUGUCAGAAACAAAAAGAGGAGUAUGUUAGAAAUCCUCCUGUGAGGAGCAAGCCCGCUGCAGGCUCACAGAAAGAGAGAAGAGAAGGAGUUUUGAAAACAGCCACAGUGAUACAAGAUGAGGAUUAUAUGCUGCAAAUUUAUGGAAAACCAGUUUAUCAGGGCCAUCGCAGCACUCUUAAAAAAGGACCAUACCUCAGGUUUAAUUCUCCAUCUCCUAAGUCCAAACCACAGAGACCAAAAGUAAUAGAACGAGUUAAAGGCACUAAAGUCAAGUCCAUAAGAACACAAACUGACUCUUAUGCAACAAAACCCACAAAGAUGGAUUCUAAGCUGCAACGUUCUGUUGCUGUGGUGCCCCCUGGUGAGCAGCAGUAUGUGUUCAGUCCAAGCCGAGAAAUGCCUACUUUUUCAGGUACACUGGAAGGUCAUCUGAUUCCUAUGGCAAUUCUUUUAGGACAAACCCAGAGUAACAGUGAUUCCAUGCCACCUGCUGGAGUGAUUGUCAACAAGCCACACCCUGUAACAGUGACUACUUCUUUCCCUCCAUCAUCUCAGAAAACAGAAACCGGAGUAAAGAAACCUAACAUAGCAGUUGUAGAAAUGAGGUCGGAGAAGAAGGACCCUCCUCAGCUUACUAUGCAGGUAUUACCCAAUGUAGAUAUUGACAGCAUUUCGAAUGGUAGUGCUGAUGUCAGUCCAUCUCUGCCUAGUCCAAAGGAAGCGUGUCCUCUGAAAACCUGGAUACAGACUCCAGAAUUUACAGCGGUAGAUGAAGAAGAGGUGAAGUUUCCAGGAACUAACUUUGGUGAAGUCAUUGAUGUCAUACAGGAAGAGGAAAAACGUGAUGAAAUUCCAGAAUACUCUGAACCAAUUCUGGAGUUUAACAGAAGUGUUAAAGUUGUUUCUACAAAAUAUAAUGGUCCUCCAUUUCCACCAGUUGCUUCUACUUUUCAGCCCACUGCUGAUAUUCUGGAUAAAGUAAUUCAGAGAAAAGAAACAUUGGAAAACAGCUUAAUUCAGUGGGUGGAACAAGAAAUAAUGUCAAGAAUUAUCUCUGGGCUCUUUCCAAUCCAACAACAGGCCAUAGCUAAUGUCAGUGUUUCAGUCAGUGAGGCAAGUGAACCAUUGACUUCUGAUAUUGUGGAAGGAACAAGCAGUGGUGCCCUCCAGCUUUUUGUGGACGCCGGGGUCCCUGUGAAUUCCGACAUGAUUAGCCAUUUUGUGAAUGAAGCUCUUGCUGAGACCAUUGCUGUCAUGCUGGGUGACAGAGAAGCAAAGAAGCAAGGUCCUGUUGCUACAAGUGUUUCUGGAGAUGCUUCAGCAAGCAGAACAUACUUGCCGGCCAGAGUAUGUACCCCAGUGGCCACCCCACAGCCAACUCCUCCUCGCUCCCCUUGCUCACCUCCUAAGGAGUGUGUGUUGGUAAAAACUCCAGAUUCUUCUCCCUGUGAUUCAGAUCAUGAUGUAGCUUUUCCUGUCAAAGAAAUAUUUGCUGAAAAAGGAAAUGAUGUGCCUGCCGUCACACUUGUUAACACCCCUGCUGCUACACCUCCUCCUGCAGCAGCUCUUACCCCAACUUCGUCAGAGAUUUCCAUGGACAAAUUGAAGAUAUCAAGCCCAGAGCCUCCCAAGCCAUGGAGUGAUGGAGACCUGCCACUGGAAGAAGAGAAUCCUAACUCUCCUCGGGAAGAGCUCCACCCACGAGCUAUUGUAAUGUCUGUGGCCAAAGAUGAAGAACCUGAGAGCGUGGAUGUCACUGCUCAGCCUGCACCUCCCAAGCCAGUUCCCUUUACGCCGCUUCCUGCUGGCACCAAGGCCCCUUCCCCCAUACAGAUGCCCAGUUCUGACUCAUCAACCAUGGAGAGCACCUUGAGCGUUACUGUCACUGAAACCGAAACUUCGGACAGACCUAUCUCUGAAGGAGAGAUUUUAUUUAACUGUGGUCAAAAAGUGGCUUCCAAGAUUUUAGGAGACGGAGGAUUGUAUCUCACAAACCUAGAUGAUAGCUUAUCCAGUACUCUGCGUGAUGCCCUUGAGAUGGAAGAUGAUCCUCCCAGUGAAGGACAAGUGAUUAGGAUGCCCCGUAGAAAAUUUCACGCAGAUGCAAUUCUUCCUCUUCUUGUUAAACAAAACCAGGAAUCGUUCGUUUCACAGCAAGCAGUCUAUCACUCAGAGGACUUGGAACACAGUGUGGGUGAACUUAGUGACGGACAAAGGCCCGGGCUGACAGCAGCCGCAGAGAGCGUUCUAAUGGGACAUUCUGUUUAUACGCAGCAGCCUGUUGCUAACGCAGAGUCUUUGGAUCAAAAAUAUGCUCCAAAGCCCUUAUCUCAGCAGUUUGACACGGUGACAGGUGGUGUUUAUGAAGAUUCCUGUGCUAGUCAUGGUCCAAUGAGUUUGGGAGAAUUGGAGUUGCAGCCAAAUUCUAACCUUGCCCUUCCCACAUCACUUCUGACAACACAGGAAGAUGAUGUUAAGUUAUCAGUAACACCUGAAGAUUUUCCUCAGUACCAACAAAAACCAGACCAAGAUGUUAAGCAAGUUGAACACAAGCCAGUACAAAGUCGUUUAAUACGUGUAAGAAAUAAAUCCGAUAUUUCACUUUCACAGCAACAAGGUGAUAUGGAUCGGACACAAAUUGAGCCCAAUCUGUACCUCACAUCUGUAUUUACAGGUGGUAAAGCCGUGCCACUCUUCACUUCUCAGGCGUCACCCGCCAGGAUGUCCGUGACGCUGCCCUCAGUGACCCUGGAGGAGUGCUCUCGGUCUCAGAGCGCCAGCACCAUCCAGGGGGACACAGAGUCCUCAGGAGCAGAUGCCUUCUGAAUGGGAAGCAAGAACCAGGAAAAUAUUCGUGCCACUGGUUUUGAGGUCAUUUUUCUCUGGCAUAAAACCAUCUCUCAGACUAUUUUGAUCUUUGAGCGUAUUCUGAAAAAUGAUUACUAAGUUUUUAUUAAAAUGAAAAGCAUAAUUUGGGUAUUUAGGUAAAAUUUUUAAAUAAAAUAAUUUAAAUGUCAAUCAUCAUGAGUCUGGCUGUGGGUUAUUUCUUAGAAUCCUGAGGCAGCAUGGAAUAGUGGAAAGGGCAUGACCUUUGAUGUCUAAGAAUUUAUUCUACAGAUACAGUUACCUGUACAUAGUUAUGAAAUAUGUUGCUCAAGGUUAUUCAUUCCAAAUUUUUUAUAACAGGAAAUAAUUGGAAACAAUCUAAUGCCUGUUGGUAAAGGACUGAUUAAAAAAGUGCUGGUGUAUCUGUACAGUGGAAUGCUAUGUGGUAUAGAAGGAAUUUGAAGAUGUUUGUGUCUCGAUAUGGAAUUAUCUCUGAACUGCAUUGUUAAAGUAAAAGGAGCUUUGUGCAAAAUAGUGUGUGAAUUAUGCCACCAUUGUUUAAUAUAGGGUGGAGGGAAAUCCAAAUAUAUGGUGUCUACACCCUUAUGCUUACGUACAUGUAUUUGCUUAUGGACACGUUAAAUCUCUUUGGAAGGAUAAACAAGAAACACUAACUUUGUCUCCAGGGAGGGGGCCUGAGGGGCAGUGAGAGAGGCUGAGUGAUGGGAAUUGAGGUUGACCGUAGCUCCUGUGUACUUGAAUGACAGUUGUGACAGGAAAAAAUUAUGAGUGAGGUUAAUUUUUUAUAUAUCUUAUAAACCUUUAUACUUUAUAAACCUGUGAAACAUGUGACUGAUUACUUUUCAAGGCAUAACUACAUAAAAUUAAAAUAAAAACAUGGCUUUGUAAUCAGACUCAGGUAUGUUCUAUUUCUUCUACUUGCUCUGCGAUAGGGGCUGCCUGGGUACAUGGGUUUAGUACUUGGUUUGCAGGAUAAUGGGGAUUAUCGAUAAUGUUGGGAAUGGUGCCCAGCACAGUGCCUGGCACCAGAUAAGUGCUCUAGAAAUGGUGCGUGUCAUUAUCUUGAAGGAUUUAAGCCUCUUAACCAGAAGGGGAGCACAUGAGAAGCAGGGCAGCCUAGCAUUAGCAAAAAAGUUAUCUCCCUGAAGAAUUUUUUCUGUCACAACCAGAGUUCAAACACACAGUAACUAUAGUCAACCUUGACUUUUCUCAGUGUUUUUCUAGGUCACUUAGUGAGCCUCAGCGCUGGCUGCACAUGAGAACCUCCGGGAGCUUUGACAAUGCCUGGCUUCCAUACCCGGGGAUUCUCAGUUAAUUGAUCUGGGAUGGGGCCCAGGCGUGGGUAUUAAAAAAGGUACAAAGACCCUCCCAGGUGAUUUUAAUUUGCACUCAAGGUUGAGAAUUACUGAAGAGCAAUUUAGAAUUCCUUAACCUUCUAGCCAGGCCCAUUGCCCAGGGGACUUAGGGAAAGUCUGAGGCUCUCUUCUCAUCGAAGUUAGAAGCUGCAGCACCUUGGAAACUUGGAGAAGUCUCGGCUUCCACACGUGUUCCUCUUCUGUCCCAGCGCCUCAAGCUCCUCUCAGGGGUUUGCUUACUGACAUGCUCUAGGUCUCACUUUAGAACCUGUUUUUCUAUGCUGUGGCCUUUUGGACGGAUCUGCUUGUAAUCAUUCCCAUUAAACAAGUAGAAGAAAAAUGCUGUUCUGUGGAUCAUAAUUUGUUUUUGAUGUUCCUACAAGUCUCUGGAUGGGGUGAAAGCUGGGGAAGUGUUUCUAAGUGCUGCUUCAUUUUAAACAUUAUCCCCCUUGGUUUCUAGUUUUCAGAGCUUUUUCUGUUUGGGAAAGAUGUUUCUUAAUUUUAGUGAAAGCAUCUUUUAUUAAAGCUGUUGGUAGUUUUUGCCCCCUAACUGUAAAAAACCUGCCUUUUCUAAUUUCAUUUUGUAUUUAAUUUUAUAAUUUGCCAUUUCUGGAAUGAACUAUUUACAAGACAUGCUACUAAGACGUAG